CUCACUCGUAUGUCUUUCGUUUUUCCGACCUCCAUGAAGGCAGCAGAAGCUCCUCCUCCCGGUAGUCCGAGCGGGAAGUUCGUUCUGCUUCGGUGUGACGGAAAAACACAGAAGACUCUGGUGUUCAUUUUGUCCAAAGUCACUUUCUAUCCCUUCGACCGACUGUGUUUACAUGUACGACGUUGGGCCACAUUAUUUAACUAAUGUAGCUUCACCGAGUAAAGCGAGGCCGGUUUGCUCUGGUAUGAGCACGCUAGUCGUUAGCUUCUCUAAUGAACCAUUCCUUGGAGCAGUCCAGCUUUAAGGGCAUUUUUUUAGGGGGGCAUACAGUAACAAGGCUUUUUUGAGGGCAGUGUUUGAGUUUUCAGUGACUGAAGGACACUGCUAGCAGACAUGUCCAGCGAGGAGGUUAACACCCCCCCACCCAGGAGCUUCGGACAGUGCACCUACACAGCAGAGGAGUACCAGGCCGUGCACAAUGCCCUGCGAAAGAGGCUGGGACCAGAGUACAUCAGUACCAGAAUGGCAGGAGGAGGACAAAAGGCAAGCCUUUGUUUAAGUUCCCGGAGAACGUUAAAGGCCCCUCUGUGCCCUCUGACGGCACACAGAAGACGUGUGUGUUACAUCGAAGGGCACCGCGUGGUCAGCCUGGCCAACGAGAUGUUCGGGUACAACGGCUGGUCCCACUCCAUCUCCCAGCAGAACGUCGACUUCGUGGACCUCGUCAACGGGAAGUUCUACGUGGGAGUCAGCGCCUUCGUCAAAGUGCAGCUCAAGGACGGGGCGUACCACGAGGACGUCGGGUAUGGAGUCAGCGAGGGGCUGAAGUCCAAAGCUCUGUCUCUGGAAAAGGCGAGAAAGGAAGCUGUCACCGACGGCAUGAAGAGAGCGCUGAAAUGUUUCGGAAAUGUCCUUGGAAACUGUAUCCUGGAUAAAGAAUACCUUCUGGCUAUCAACAAAAUCCCCAAAAAGCCGCUUCCUCCUGUGGACCCGGCCCACACCAAGCGUUCCGAGGGAGAGCCUUCAGUGGAGAAGGCUCGGCUCAGCAGUCUGGUCCGAGAAGAAAGCCCUGCGGCUGCUUCUAGCAGGAUGCCUCUGGAGCCUCGAGUGCUCAACCGGAACGGGGAGCCCUCAGCGGUGCACACCCCCCACGCUGCCGGCUCAGCCCCCAGCAGACGAAGCGAGAACCUCUGCUCGGCCUUGGACUCUGUGGAUGCUGGCGGUAGUGAAGCGCACUCGGACCCCAAACAGCUGCGGAAACUGCGGCAGCAGCAGCUCCAGCAGAAGUUCAGGAGAGAGAUGGAGGCCAAAAAGCAGCUGCAGAACAGGGACCCGGCAAAGCCAGAGGAGGGGGAGGUCGCCAUCGGACAGAUGUCCCCGGGAGGAACAGGUCACGGCGGCGUUCCGGUGACCAGUGAAGGCGCCACCGCUGGGACCAAGUUCGGCACCUGUUUAACAGACGAUCCUGAGCUGUGGGAUUUCACGCUGGAUGGGAUUGAGGAGCUGGACGUUCCCUCCCUCGGCCCCGGUCCCAGAGGGCUGCGGCCCGGCACCCCCGGGAACCACCAGAUGCAGACGCGUAGCAAGACGCCGCAGAGAGCCCCGAACGGGCCCGCCGAGGCGCACCAGCAGGCUCAUUCCAGACCACAGCACCACCCCCACCAUCAGGGCGGAGCAGGUGAAGCCCUCAGUCCGUACAGAUCGGGACAGCACAUGAAGAAGCGCAGACUGGACACUUAGCGGUGCUAAUCCAGCUGUGAUCCAGCUGCAGAGUCCUGCUCAUGGAUUUAGUCUGUUUGGUUCACUUUGGACUGAGCUACUGUCAAAAGUACAAAAAUAGCUCUUGUUGCAGUUUUAUAACUUUCAUUUAAAAUGUUACUGUGAUGUUUUUGUUUAUUUGGACCAAGAGAUGGGUCACCGUUUAAAUUAAACUCCAGCUCUUUUAAAUUAAACGCAGCUUCAAGCUAAAAUAACAAAAGCGACAAACGGCA